UCCAAACGCUGAGUCUCACCAAUGUUGUAGUUUGAGAUUGCAGCGCGGGGAGUGUGGUUGAUGUCCAAAGACCAAGUCCAAUCAUUUCUAACCGAAACCGAGUCUCACGGUGUUCCUUUCAUCCUUUAAUUGAUUCGAUUAGAAACUGAUUCAAAUACAUUUUGAAAUCAUGAGUAAAGUUCAAGGUGGGAUGAAAUGCGUGAAAUAUCUGCUAUUAAUUUUCAACCUCAUAUUCUGGCUGUCUGGCUCAUUGGUGUUGGCCUUGGGAUUAUGGCUGAGGUUUGAUCCAGAGACAGUCCAGCUUUUGAAUGGUGAAGCUCCAGAUACAUUCUUUAUAGCCGUGUACAUCCUGAUUGGUGCAGGUGGGAUCAUGAUGCUGGUGGGAUUCUUUGGUUGCUGUGGAACUUUGAAGGAGUCACAGUGUCUCCUCGCCUCGUUCUUUGCCUGCCUUAUCGUUAUCUUCGGUGCAGAGGUUGCUGCUGGUGUGUUUGGAUUCAUGAACAAAGAGAAGAUCAUCGAUGAUGUUCAAAAGUUCUACAGUGAAUCUAUCAUGGAAAGCUCUGAAAGUUCCAACCGCACGGCCAUAGUGGCCAAUUACCACACUGUGCUAAAUUGCUGUAGUGACUCCACGUCUAACCUUUCUCUGUGUACUGAUGCUGAGGAUGACACCAAGGACUGUCUCGUUGCGAUAAUGGACUUUUUCAAUGAAAAGCUCAACAUUAUUGGUUAUGUGGGGAUUGGUGUAGCAGGUGUCAUGAUCAUUGGUAUGAUUUUCAGCAUGGUCCUCUGCUGUGCAAUUCGCAACAACAGGGAGGUGAUCUAGAAACACCCAGACACUUUCAGCCCUGCAGGCUGACAGACUCACCAGCCCUGCCCAAUCACAAUGCCUAAACAGUGAGGGGUUUAUCAAAUGUGGGCUGGAGGAUUGGGGAGCUUUCUUUUAACACUAAAGGUACAAGUCCAGGGGUCCUUUGGUAAUUCGGGUGUGAGAGCACAUAACCAAAAUAUCACCAUGACAUCCCCUGGACUGAGGCCUAACCUGUGUGGAGCCAGUAGACCGGAUCACCUCAUUCCCCUUUGGCAUUUCUGUUACUUAAAUAACUGGUUCUCCUCCAAACAUUUGGCUCUCUACUCUGAGAAAUACAUUUCUAUUUUCUGCAUUCCCUUCUAACGCUGCUAGUGUUCCACGAAGAUGUUAAGUUUCCCACAUUGCUAGGAAUUGGAUGGCUGAGGAGCAUUGUUGUAAAUAUGUUUUUGCUGCUGUUUUUAACAGUAUUUAUUUAUUUGAGGUCAUUGAAAACCUAAGCUUAAGAGGUCAAUUGUGUGUUUAGUGCUACUAUAGUCACCAGUUGUGUGGUUGUUGAAAUUACAGUUAGAUAACUUCUCCAGUCUUUUAAAUAACUGUUGUUGAAACUUGCACCUUUGAAGCAUCUUAAAUGCCUAAUAGACAUGCCCAAACAAUAUAUUCUCACUGCAGCUGCAUAUGCUAUUAUUUCUAACAACCUGUAUUUCUUCCCUUAAAAGCCCCAUCUGCAAAUGACUGCUCUGUCAGAAGUAGUUGAAGUGUGGGCCUAAAAUCCUAAAAGAGCCAGUUUCAACUUGACUGACAUUCCAAAUUACUGUUAUCCUCAAUAUUUCUCGGUCAGGGAGGCAGCUACAUUUUAUGACAUGCUGUACUGUCAUCCUGUAAUUGUCUCCCCUUCUAAAGUGUAGAUUAUUCAGGUAUUUGUCCUGUAGGCAUUCAAAGUGAGAACUGUUUCAGCAAGUCAGGAUUUUGUUCAGUCUGUAUCUUGGGGGUUUAGGGUUACAGCUCAAAUUCAAUAAAAGCUGCGUGUGCCUGCUCAAACAGGUCUGUACAUUAAUUGGGCAAUCUGUCACUUUAGUGAUACAGACCUUGCUGUAUAUAUCGUUUAAAUUGUUUUAUAUAGUCACAGACCAUGAUGUAGAUUCAGGUUUUACUAAGGUCAAAGAACACUGAAUGCAUGUUCAUUUUUUUAGCGGUUUCUUAAUUCUGUAUAAUAAACGGUAACAAGAA